AUGGCCGAGCGGCUGUCGGAGGAGCAGAUCGCCGAAUUCAAGGAGGCUUUUUCCCUUUUUGACCGGGAUGGAGACGGCUGCAUCACCACGAAGGAGUUGGGCACCGUCAUGCGCUCGUUGGGGCAAAACCCCACCGAAGCGGAGCUGCAGGACAUGGUGGGGGAGGUGGAUGCUGACGGCAGCGGCACCAUCGACUUCCCCGAGUUCCUCUCACUGAUGGCGAGGAAGAUGAGGGACACGGACAGCGAGGAGGAGAUCCGCGAGGCUUUCCGCGUCUUCGAUAAGGACGGCAACGGCUACAUAAGCGCGGCGGAGCUGCGGCACGUCAUGACCAACCUGGGUGAGAAGUUGACGGACGAGGAGGUAGAUGAGAUGAUCAAGGAGGCCGACUGUAACAAUGACGGGCAGGUCAACUACGAGGAGUUCGUGAGGAUGAUGACGGAGAAGUGA